AGCAAGGCUUCGUCUAGUUUUUACGGGCCCGUUAGUUGUUUCAUAUGCUGUAACAAAUGUGAUGUCUUCCUGUCACCUAAUUCGCAUGCUGUGAGGAGUUACUGAAGCCUUUUUUCAUCAGAUACUGUUGUGCAUUGUAUAACAGCGGCCUUAAUUUUUUCGUAAGGGACGGUUUCUGGUACUUGGUCAAUUAAGUCUCCGACUUCAGCGGCGAUUUCUAUGGGAGGUGCUCCGACUACAUAGGCAUAUUUAGUCGCCUGAAAGCGUAUGCCUCUCGCUAGAAAUAAGGCUUCUACUUGUGCGAACCAGAUUCUGGGGUUGUUGGCACCGUAUACCGGUAGUCUGAACUCGGAAAUGGCAUUGACUGAACUAAAGGUAUUAUCGUCUACAUGUGAUAAGUUGAGGGGAUUCAUUGAGGAACAUUCAAUAUCGAUAAGUUUAUUCGGAGAGUACAUGAUGUGAAACAAAAAAACUACUGUUUUAAGUAAAAAAAUAAAAAUAUAAACGAUAUAACUAUUACAAUGCACUCGAGGCUCACCAGAUUUGUAGUGAACCCCAGCAAAUACAGAUUAUUGGAUAUACAUCUACACACUAAUUUAAUAAUAAUAUACCAUAAAAAGUUAACAUUAAAAAUCUUAAGUGUCUGUUUACGAGUAAAACCAAAGUUAACAGUUUAGUUAUAAUACAAAUGGUAUAUUAUUGAGCAAUAUGAUAAUAACAAUUAUUAAGGAAUGAAUGUUACUUGAAGGCUGCUCUCUGGGAUGACAACUACAAAUAUAUCCACUUGAUUAAUGUAGAUUCCCCUGUGAAUGAUGGCACUGACGGUGUGACGAGAAAGACAGAGUCCAAUAGUAUUAUGUAAUAGUAAUCCAGGCCAAAAUACCAACGUAGCGUAGGAAGGCCUAAAAGGAUAUUAUAACACUAUUAUAGUCUUCGGUCAAAGGCCGUGGCCAAUAAAGCAGAAGGGCAGACGACGUAGAUAACGUGCUAUAUUUCAAUCAGCGCGGUAGUAAAAGUGUAUUCAAUUUUCCAAAACAAUUAUCAUCGUUUUUUUAAAUAGGUGAUACAGAAAAACAACAGAUAUUGAAUAAAAUGUGGUUACAAAAAAUCACGGAAUAUACGUCACCAUAAUAGAAGGACAUUUCCCUACAUCUAAAGUCACCACAGAAGCUUAUGACUAACGAUAUUAUUUGAUCAGCAUGUAAAACCUUAAACAAGAUUAAAGAGUGACUUUAGAUAUGUCCACUUACUUUUCAGAAAAUGGGUAUUCACUAAUAAUAAGUUUGAAUAAGAUCACUAGGUAAAGUCUGUAUGAAAUCUCUCUGUCAACGUAUAAAAUCUAUCAAUGUAAUCAGGAGAAUAGCCAUCAGGCCUUGCAAUAUUCAGCUCGUUGGUCGAACAGUCUAAUGACUAGCUAAACAUAUUUCUGGGUGGUGCAUUAGUUACAAUACUUCUGGUCUGAUCGAUGUAUGAAGCAGCCAAAUGCAUUCAACUUGGACAAAUAUCUUAAACGGACUGUCAAGUGCUUUUUGCAUUUUAUUCUUUCGAAAAGACACUUAUUGAGCUACAUCCUGUUUUGGUGUGUUUUUUAGUACUAGACAAGUUCUGCUCUCUUUUGUAUUUUAAGACCUCAAGACCAUACAUGAUUUUAAAUAUCAUUUUAGGCCUUGAAAUUAUACAAAUUAUUUCGGAAAUGUCUAGGGAAAAUUCUCCAUAUAUUCAAAUUGAAAGAACACUCUUAAUUAUUAAGCCGGAUAUUAUUAAUUAUGCAGAUAAAAUAGAAGAGCUUAUCUUACAAAAAGGAUUCUUGAUAAUACAGAAAAGACGCGUUCAUUUGACACCAGAACAAGCAAGCGAAUUUUAUGCAGAACAUUACGGGAAAAUAUUUUAUGCAACAUUAAUUGCCUACAUUAGCAGUGGUCCGAUAGAAGUACUAGUCAUAGCUAGAGAAAAUGCUAUAUCUAUUCUCCGUGAAUUAAUUGGUCCACAAAAUGCAUUUAGAGCUAAGGCGACCGCACCUGCAAGUUUAAGAGCUAUUUAUGGUACAGAUGAUCAACAGAAUGGAAUACAUGGAAGCGACUCGUUUACAAGUGCUGAAAGAGAAAUCAGAUUCUUCUUCCCAGAUAAGAUCCAGUGAGAAUCUAUGACCGAUGGAAUUGAACCAUGUCGACCACGAGAUAAGCACCAUUGAUUACGGUGGAUGAUAGUCACUCAAUAUGGGAGAGUGACUUGAGUUGAAAACAUAAACCCUCGAUGGCAGUUCAGUAAUUUGAAGUUUGAGCGAUUCUGACGAGAACUGGAGUUUUUAGGUUUGAGCUCUGCUAGGAUCGUUUAGGGAAGCUGACGAGGAGUCUCACAUUAGAACAAAACGCCGCACUAGUACUUCCUGAUUUUUAACAGCUUCCCAGCUAAAUCUGGUACCUGAUAUAAAAUAUAAACUAUUUUUUACUGUAUGCUUAUGAUAGUGGAAAGUAUGAUUACGUGGCGCCAAAGAAUCACUCCGAAAUCAACUUUGCCCUAAAAUUGACGUAAGCCUAUUAGUUUUUGUUUACAUUUCAACAUGUGUCUGGCCCAUCCACUUUUACAGUAAGAGAAAUGGUUAGGAAGUGCAUUUGUAAGGUAAAGCUUGGUUUAAGAUAACUCAAAUUAGCUUUAAAACAACAAAGGGUUGAUGACAAUAUGUUUUGAAUGGUAAAAGUUGACCGAGCUUGUCAACAGGAAACUGAAGAUAUAUUGAUGCAUCCUGGUUUUUAUCCAUCAUAACAGUUCCAAAUAUCUCGAAUAGAAAAUUUGUGAAAAUUAUAUGAUGAAUUAGCACACUGAUUCACGAUUUCCAGACUUCAAGACGGUUCUCUGAGUGUAAAAUAAAAUCCUGACGUGGAACCCAAAUGUUGUUAUAAAAAUUCAUUUUCUCUUCUAGCAUAUGCACAUCAAUAAACUCAUUUGAAGUUAAUAGAAUCCAUAAAGCUGUCUACGAAAUCCGAUACUAAGCGCCAAACCUACCUUCGGUAGCUUACAUCAGUACUUCACAGAUGACCAAGUCACCCGAAUAAGUAAUACAACCAACAUACCCAAAGAUUUCACCACCCCCAUUUUUUGAACUAGAUUUCAGUGUGAAACCAUUAUCUUACUGUUAGCUUAUAUGAAAAUACGGGAUCUAAUCCACCUAAAAUAUGGGAACAGGAUGCUUUACGAAGGGUACUUUCAAGAAUACAGAGGGUAGAUUGACUAAUCAAAAUAAUGCAAACUUAAAAUAUAUGUUUAAACAAAGUUUUCAUGCUUUUAAAAUUGCGUGGUUAUUUUUUUCGCACAAUGUAAUGUUCCUAUUAUUAAAAUUACUCAUUCAUUUAGUGAUCGUUGCACCGGUUCCCGUAAGACUUGCAGCAAAAGAUUAUUUAGUUCGGAAUGUAAACCCAACUUUACUAAAAGGUUUGACAGAACUGUGCAAACAAAAACCUAAGGAUCCAGUAGUAAGUUGACUUAUUGAUUUUUUCAAAAAUAUUUUCGAACUCACGUAAUAGUAUGUAAUAAAUACAGGAUUAUAUAGUUCUCAUGGUUUUAGAUGAACCUGGACUGUUUAUGUUAAAAGCUUUG